AUCAAAAGUAACUUGAGAUGAAGAGAAAUGCAGAAAAAUGGAAAAGAAUAAGAUAAUUUGUUAGGUGAGCUGGUGUCGCUUUUGUGAGUUAAGCUGACAAAUCAAAAGGGGUUUUCACCCCCAAACAAAGCAAACACGCGCUAAGCUUUGUUUGCGCCUAAAACUGCUCUGAAACAAGGCAAGAAAAUCGCAGGCAAAAAACCGGCAAUGGCGCGCCUCUUCCGUUCCAGUGACCCCGCCGCCGGCGCCACCAGCGCGCCGCCGCUGCCGUCCCCACUCCCCGACCUCGGCGUGCCGCUCUCCGCCGCCGACCUCCGCGCCACCGCCUACGAGCUGCUCGUGGCCGCCUCGCGCGCCACCGGCGCCAGGCCCCUCACCUACGUUCCUCAGUCCGCGACGGCGGCUGGCAAGCUGAAGGGGGCCUUCGGGUUCGGGUCCUCGGCGUCCUCCAAUGGCGGGACGGCGGCGGCGCUGGAGCUUGUGCGGGUGCGGAUGGGGGUCACGGUGGAGGCGGACGCGAGGAUCCGCCGGGCGCUGCUCCGCGUCGCCGCCGGACAGCUUGGCAGACAUGCACAAUCUAUGGUUUGGCCCUUGGAGUUCCUGCAGAAGUUUAAAUCAUCAGAUUUCCCAGAUCCUCUAGAGUAUGACGCUUGGCAGACUAGGAAUUUCAAACUUCUCGAGGCUGGUUUGCUUGUCCACCCUCUUGUUCCUUUAAAGAAGUCAGGCAUUCCUGCAAAGAGAAUGCGGCAAAUAAUACAUGAAGCAUAUGACGGGAAACUUGAAAUUGGGAGGAACUCUGAAUCUAUGCAAAGGCUGCGCAGUGCUGUCAUGUCCCUUGCAUGUAGAUCCCUUGAUGAAACUUCUGAUGAGUGUCACUGGGCAGAUGGCUUUCCUUUGAAUCUGCAUAUCUACAAAAUGCUGGUAGAAGCUUGCUUUGAUAUUGAGGAAGGCACAGUAGUACAAGAUUUUGAUGAAACAAUGGAGCUGUUAAAGAGAACUUGGCCUAUUUUUGGAGUCAAUCAAAUGCUCCACAACCUUUACUUCACAUGGGCAUUGUUCAACCAUUUUGUCAUGUUGGGCCAAGAAGAUAAUCAAUUGCUUUCUGCUACAGAGAAUCUAUUAGUCGAAGUUGCAAAGGAUGCUAAAAUAACGAAAGACCCAGAUUAUUGCGAUGUACUGAGCUCCAGUUUAAGCUCAAUAAUGGGUUGGGCAGAGAAAAGACUGCUUGCGUACCAUGAAACUUUCAAUACUAGUAAUAUUUACUCCUUGCAAUAUAUUCUUUCAAUAGGAAUAUCAACUGCAAAGAUUCUUGUUGAAGAUCAAGAUAAAUCUUAUGAAUACCAUAGUGGAGCGAAGGGAGAUAUUAAUGUUGUGCACAGCAGGAUUGAAACCUAUAUACACUCGUCACUUCGCACUGCUUUUGCUCAAAAAAUGGAAGAGGGAGCUUCAAAGCGGUUAUCAAGGAACCAUACGCCUAUCCUGUCAAUUCUGGCAAAGAAAACAAGUGACCUUGCUAUUAAGGAGAAAAAUGUAUAUAGUCCAAUAUUGAAGAAAUGGCACCACCUUGCUUUAGGUGUCGCAGUUGCAACCCUUCAUGGUUGCUUCGGAAAUGAGCUGAAGCAAUUUAUAGCUGGACUUACAGAGCUCACACCAGAUACAGCUCAAGUGCUUAAGGCGGCCGACAAGUUAGAAAAGGAUCUAAUUCAUAUUGCUAUUGAAGAUUCUAUGGACAUUGAUGAUGUAGGCAAGUCAUUGGUAAGACAAAUGCCACCUUAUGAAGCUGGAACUGUAAUGGCCAAUCUGGUGAAAGCAUGGGUAAAAGAACAAGUUGACAAACUUAAGGGAUGGGCUGACCAGAAGUUAGAGCAGGAGACUUGGAACCCAAAGGAUAAUAAUAUGGACAGUUUUGCCCCCUCUUCUGUGGAGAUGCUGCACUUAAUUAAGGAGACUUUUGAUGUAUUUUUUGAGUUGUCUAUACCGAUGCACUCUGCUCUGCUUGCUGAUCUGACAGCUGGACUUGAUAAAUGUCUACACUAUUAUGUCUCCAAAGUGAAAUCUGGUUGUGGAACACAGAGUACUCUUUUUCCUCAGUUACCUCAUCUAACAAGGUGCGAUGUUGGAUCCAAGUUAUUCAAGAAAAAUGAAAAACCACAGCUUCUUGUGAAGCGAGGAUCACAAGUUGGAUCGACAACUGGAAAUGAAUCCUCGAGUCUUUCAGGACUAUGUUUACGAAUAAAUACCCUUCAUUACAUUCAAAAUGAGCUAGAAAACCUGGAUAAGAAGACAAAAGCAUGCUUGCGAAAUGCUGAGUUGGCUCAGCCUGAUGUUGUUGAUGGACUGAACAUCAACUUUGAGCUAUCCCAGGCAGCUUGCCAAGAAGGAAUCCGACAGUUGUGCAAGACAACGGCAUAUAAGGUGAUAUUCAGUGAUCUGAGUCACGUUCUUAUGGAUGCUCUGUAUGUUGGUAGCCCUGCCCCUGCAUCAAACAGGAUACUGCCUUUUUUAAAAGAGCUAGGUCCUAUCCUUAGGAGUAUAUCUUCCACAGUGCGUAAUGAAGUGCGAAACUGCCUGAUAACUGCAUUGAUGAAAGCCUCUUUUGAUGGCUUUCUGUUGGUGCUUCUUGCUGGUGGACCGACACGUGCUUUCUGUUGUCAGGACUAUCAGAUAAUAGAGGACGAUUUCAGAGCCCUGAGAGGCUUGUACUUAACAUACAGUGAGGGCCUGCCAGAGGAUUUAGUUGCCAAGGCUUCCUCAGAAGUGAAGAGCAUUCUACCACUUCUACGGACAGAUACCGAAACCCUCAUUGAACGGUUCAAGAAGACAAUUUCUGAAUCACAUGAAUUUACAACAAAAUCCAGGUUCCCCAUGCCUCCGGUUCCUGCCCAUUGGAGCCCAGAUAAUGCCAACACGAUACUACGUGUUUUAUGCUAUCGAAAUGAUGAGGCAGCUACAAAGUUCCUUAAGAAAACAUACGAUCUGCCAAAGACACUUUGAUUCUGCAAAACUACACACCAUAUGGUCUAGCAGCAUGCAAAUAAAAGAUAAGGUGAAUUAGUCUGUACUGCCUCCUUGUGAAGAAUCGCAACACGAACAUUCAAGUAGAGAAUUAUCAAGUCUGAAUUGGCAGAUUUCGUGGGUGCAGACUGGAUAUUUGGUUCUGCGAGUUUUCUGCAGCAACCUAGGAUGCUGUCAAUUUGGAUUUGGUGGGUUUGACAGCUUUAUAUGAUGGCCAAUGUUCGGAUUGUUUGUUUCUACUGGUCCUGGAUUUGUGUGUCAGACUGUUAAUAGGAUCUAUACGACAUGGAGUGUGCGUAGUAUAUAGAAAUGGUUACGUGGCUAUGUUUGCCAUUGAAUACAGAGGAAAGGCUGGCGAUGUGUAUGUAUGUGUGAUACUUUUGACAUUGAGAAAACUAGCCUAAAUUUUUCUCUGUGACAAAAAAUGUAUAUAUUUGAAUUUAACCUGGCCCUCCCACCUAUUUAUGC